AUGGCCCCCUUGGAUCUCCUGAUCCCUUCUCUCCUCCUCGCUUUCUCUCUCCUCAUUUCAGUACCUCCCUGCGCAUUCGCCAACAAUUCGAAGCUAUUCAGGGAAUACAUCGGCGCCGGUUCGAACCGUGUCGACUUCUCCGACGUCCCCGUAAACCCCGACGUCGAAUUCCACUUCAUCCUCGCCUUCGCCAUCGACUACACCGUCACUGACGCGUCCCCCCCGGCCCCCGCCGACGGUGUGUUCACCGCAUUUUGGGACACCGAUACUCUCACCCCCUAUAAGAUCACCUCCCUCAAGCGGAGCCACCCCAAUGUCAAACUAGCCCUUAGCCUCGGCGGAGACAGUUUCGGCGAUAACCGCCUCGUGUACUUCAAACCGUCAUCCGUAAAUUCUUGGGUGGCCAACGCCGUCUCGUCUCUUACUAGAAUCAUCAAGUUGUAUGACUUAGACGGCAUCGACAUCGACUACGAGCACUUCCUCGCUGGUCCGGACACGUUCGCGGAGUGUAUCGGGAGGUUGGUAACUACUCUCAAGAUGAACAAAGUGAUAUCUUUCGCUUCGAUCGCGCCUUUUGAAGACCGCGAAGUGAAGAUUCACUACCGAGCUCUUUGGAAGAAGUACGGGAACGCGAUCGACUACGUGAACUUUCAAUUUUACGCGUACGAUUCGACGACGAACGUGACUCAAUUCGCGGGAUAUUUCGAGGAGCAAAGCAUGAAUUAUUAUGGCGGCAACGUUUUGGUUGCACUUAGCACGGACAAGAGUAGCAGUGGGGGAUUAUUGCCCGAAAAUGGGUUCUUUGAUGCGUGUAAUGAGCUCAAAAUGCAAAAUAAGCUUCAUGGUAUUUUUAUUUGGGCCGCGGAUUAUUCGAUAAGUAACGGCUUCUCCUACGAGAUUAUGGCACAAAAAUUGUUAGCUAGUGCUUAAAAUAUGGCUUCAUAGUUAUG